UUUUCUCCGGUACUCUUUGCAUUAUAAACACUGGCUACCUUUCGAUUUCCCCUUGUGUUGAUCGCACUGGCUCUAUCCAUAUUCCUCGCAUCCAAAAGUCUGCGCCUACCUUCAUUCGCCAUGCCACGCCGCGGCGCAACAUCAUCGCUAUCGGCCGACACGACAACGACGACGACCGCACUCCCAGAGAAAACAGCAACGCCCGCGACAUUCACAGAUGGCGCACCCCUACCCAGAAUCGUCGUCUUCGAUCUCGACUACACAUUAUGGCCAUUCUGGGUCGACACACACGUCAGUGCGCCCAUCAAGGCGGUAGAGGGCGGCAUGAAAGUCAAAGACCGAUAUGGCGAGGGCUACGGCUUCUACCGUGAUGUUGCAGUUGUUCUAGAAGCACUCAAGCAAAACGACAUCCUAAUCGGCGCCGCUUCACGCACCCACGCCCCCGAUCUUGGCCGCGAAAUGCUGCAGCUCCUGAAGAUACCUAGCUCGUCUGGCGCGUCGCAACGAGCGAUUGAUUACUUCGACCAUAUACAGAUAUACCCCGGGAGCAAGACGACGCAUUUCGAGAGGAUACAUAGGGAUAGUGGGAUUGCGUAUGAGGAUAUGCUGUUCUUUGAUGAUGAGAGUAGGAAUAAGAAUGUUGAGGUGCUGGGGGUGACGAUGAAGUUGGUGAAGAAUGGGGUGACUACUGAGGAGAUGGAUGCGGGUGUGCGGAACUGGAGGAAGAGGUAUGGGAAGAAUAAGAAUUAGAUGUAUCACGGGUACCUCUGAAGGGAGUGGAUAGAUUACUAUGACUUAUGACAUCGUAUAGAUGGUAGAGGAUAAAACAAAAGGAUCAACUAUUGUAUCAAACUCAGUGGUGCGAACCUAGCAAAUGGCAGACCG